AGAGACGCACACACUAACGGUACACACGGCGUAUUCCGAGUGCACGCGGUAUAACCGCGCCUAAGAAACGAAGAAAGAUAAAGCACGGCCGCGGUGGCGUAAUUUCUACUUCUUUGCAAGAAAACUCGCCUCUCUCUCUUCUCUAUUCUCUCUCUAGAAAAGAAAGAGAAAACCGGACAGACUGCUGAAUUAGAUUGUGAAUUGUUAUCGAUUUAUUCUCACAUUAGGAUCCAUACAUGGAGGUGGACGAGGGUUGUAAUGAUGCCCUACCAGUGCCCCAAGAUCGAAGACCUGACGCUCUCGGAGACUUCGUCGUUCUUCCAGAUGAAAUCAUAUGUGCUAUUUUGUUCUAUCUCUCUCCUUCAGAUGUCGCUCGUCUUUCUUGCGUUAGCAGUGUGAUGUACAUACUAUGCAAUGAAGAACCACUGUGGAUGAGUCUAUGUCUUAACAAUGUAAGUGGUCCGCUUCAGUACAAAGGCUCCUGGAAGAAAACAGCAGUGCAUCAGCUGCAUUUGCCAAACGAAUAUGUGGAACCCCACAGAAAACCACUGCAGUUCGACGGUUUCCAGUCUUUAUUCUUGUAUAGGAGAUUCUACCGUUGCUAUGUCUCGUUACAUGGAUUCUACGUUGAUAAUGGAAAUGUGGAAAGAAAGAAGGACCUCUCCUUAGAAGACUUUGAUCGUGUGUAUGAUGGGCAAAAACCGGUUUUGCUUUCUGGGUUGGCCGAAACGUGGCCAGCAAGGCAUAAAUGGGGAAUUGACCAAUUAUUGCUGAACUACGGUGACACGGCAUUUAGGAUUUCUCAAAGGAGUUCUAGGAAAAUUACUAUGAAAUUCAGGGAUUAUGUCUCGUACAUGCAAACUCAACAUGAUGAGGAUCCUCUCUAUAUUUUUGAUGAAAAGUUUGGGGAAGUUACGCCGGGCUUGCUGGAGGAGUAUAGUGUGCCUCAUCUAUUCCAAGAAGACCUUUUUGAUGUUUUAGAUCACCGACCCCCUUUUAGGUGGCUCAUUAUUGGGCCAGAGAGGUCUGGUGCAUCUUGGCAUGUUGAUCCAGCUCUUACGAGUGCCUGGAAUACUCUUCUGUGCGGCCGUAAAAGGUGGGCUUUGUAUCCUCCAGGAAGAGUACCCUUAGGUGUGACUGUACAUGUAAAUGACGAAGAUGGUGAUGUCAAUGUUGAGACUCCAUCAUCAUUGCAGUGGUGGCUAGAUUUUUAUCCUCUUCUUGCUGAUGAAGACAAACCAAUAGAAUGUACUCAAUUGCCCGGUGAGACAAUUUUUGUUCCAAGUGGAUGGUGGCACUGCGUGUUAAAUCUGGAAACCACUGUAGCUGUUACACAGAAUUUUGUAAAUUCAAAAAACUUUGAAUUUGUAUGUCUGGACAUGGCUCCUGGUUUUCUACAUAAAGGAGUUUGCCGAGCUGGACUGCUUGCCUUUGAUGAAGGCAGCUUUGAAGAUGCUGAAAAGAAUACUUUGUAUGCCGAUGAUAAUUUGACGUCCCACUCAGACCAUACUAGGAAAGAAAAGAGGGUCAGAGUUUGCAAAUCUGUAGAGGAUACAAAUUAUGAAACUGAUACAAACAGUGCUUCUAAAAGUUACGAGUUGCCUAAUCAAAAAUUUUCUUAUGAUAUAAAUUAUUUGGCCAAGUUUUUGGAUGAAGAGAGGGAUCACUACAGUUCCUUAUGGAGCUCAGGCAACUGCAUAGGACAACGAGAACUGAGGGAAUGGUUAUGGAAGCUUUGGGUUGGAAAACCAGGACUGAGAGACCUUAUAUGGAAGGGAGCAUCUCUUGCAUUGAACUGUGGCAAAUGGUCCGAGUGCAUGGGAAAAAUUUGCGACUUCCAUAAGUUGCCUUUCCCCACAGAUGACGAGAAGUUUCCUGUUGGCAUGGGUAGCAAUCCUGUUUACCUUGUUGAUGACCAUGUAAUUAAAAUCUAUGUUGAAGGAGGGCUGGAAGCUUGUCUUCAUUCUUUAGGCACUGAGCUUGAGUUUUACAGUCUACUGUGCCAAGUUAACUCCCCUCUGAAAAAUCAUGUUCCUGGUAUUUUAGCAAGUGGGAUUAUCUUUUUUGAAAAUGGGUCAUAUACAAUUGUUCCUUGGGAUGGCAGAGGAGUUCCUGAUGUGAUUGCUAACUGUAAGAUGAUUCCAAAAAUUUGUAUGGAAGUUGAUUUUCCAUUUGGUGCUUGGAGCAAAAAGCAGUUUGAAUACAGAAAUGCUGGAAUGUCAAUAAAUGAAUCAGUUAGUUCCACUGGAUGCUCAAGGAUGUGGCCGUAUAUUGUAACAAAAAGAUGCAAGGGGAAAAUAUUUGCUGAGCUAAGGGAUACCUUGUCUUGGGAAGAUAUGCUAAAUUUGGCUUCCUUUUUGGGAGAUCAGCUCCGUACCCUUCAUCUUUUGCCAGUCCCAUCUUUGGAUGAUUCUACGUUUUCCGUUAUUAAACAGAAAAUGGAAUUGUUCGGUAAUGAUGAGGUUAUGGAGGCUGUCACUGAAAAACCUAAUGCUCCAGCAGAAAGGAAAAUUUUCGUCCGAACUCUGACCAGAAAGAAAGAGGAUAUCAUAAAUCGCAUAACUAAAUGGGGCAAUCCAAUUCCCAACAUUCUGAUGGAGAAAGUUAAUGAAUAUAUCCCCGAUGAUUUUGAAAAGUGGUUCAAUAUCUAUGAGGAUGAAAACGGCCCACCAAAAGUUUGUAAACCUUUCUCCUGGAUACACACAGAUGUAAUGGAUGACAAUAUUCACAUGGAAUCAUGUCGGGUUAGUUCUUGCUCAACAGGGAAUACCCUAGAUGCUGGCCUGAUGGACAAUGGUUUUGUGAAUGGUCAUAAUCGCAGUGAAAGUGAAAAUUCAUGGCAUCCUAGCCACAUCCUUGAUUUCAGUGAUCUGUCUUUUGGAGAUCCCAUUUGUGAUCUGAUUCCUAUACAUCUGGAUGUCUUUAGAGGAGAUUCUCGCCUUCUGAUGCAGUUUCUAGAAAGCUAUAAACUUCCAUUGGUGAGAAUAUCACAGCAUGAAUCAAUAAAAAGUUGCAGUAAGUUUGGACGACUCUCAUACCGAGCCAUGUGCUAUUGUAUUUUACAUGACGACAAUGUCUUGGGAUCCAUUUUAAGUCUAUGGAAAGAAGUUAAGAAGGUGAGUUCAUGGGAGGAAGUUGAGGAAAUAGUGUGGGGAGAUUUGAAUAAUUACAAAGUUUUUUGCUGAUUAGUCCCGUCAUUUCGUUUUACUCCUUGGGAGCAUCGGCCAUGGAUUUGCAAGCCUGUGCUGCACAUAUAACAUGUUUUAUUAUACUUCAAAAGCAUUUUGCAGAUAGAUCAUUGACAUUAUUUAGCAGCUAACUAUAUAGUUGCAGGACUUUUGACAAUAAUUAGCAAGUCCAUCCUUGUAUAAUUGUCGAGUUCUGUUUGUUCUAUGUUUCUUUCAGUGAGGAUGUAAUAAGGACGCUAUGAAUGCGUACUGUUUGAGGGUUGUAUCAUUGUUACAAUUGUAAAAUAAUUUAUCAUUCUUGUGAUUUUUCUAUGAAUCUGGAAUUGCUAGAUUUAUUUA